AUGAUGUCGUCAACCCAAGAUCAACGACCAAAAGCGACCGCUGUCCCAUACCAAGGCGAACCUCUACCGAACGUCCCAAAUGACCUCGUUAUCCCGAAUGUUUUGAGCCUGGACUUCGACAAACGACUCUGGGUUUCCCAGGCCCCCGAUAUCUGGCUCCGACCUCUUGUUUUUGCCGUCUCACAAGGAUAUUUCGUCAAUCUCCUCCGUGUCCGCAAGUCAGGAAUCCUAUCGCGCCAUCGGCAUACUGGCCCUGUUCAUGCGACAACUCUCCGCGGUAAAUGGCACUACCUCGAGCAUGAUUGGUGGGCGACAGAGGGGAGUCAUGCAUUUGAGCCGCCCGGUGAUAUCCACACGCUCGAGGUUCCGGACGGCGUCGAGGAGAUGGUAACGCUGUUUCAUGUUACCGGGGCGUACAUUUACGUUGACCCUGAUGGAAAGCCGGUUGGGGUGGAAGAUGUCUUCUCGAAGCUUGCAAGUGCAAAGACGCAUUAUGAGAGGGUUGGAUUGGGUGCGAAUUACGUUGACCAGUUUAUUCGAUGA